GUCACUAACGCCAUUUUUGUUAAAAAGGUCAAGGUGCGCUUUCCAAACAAUUGAAGUUUAACCUGGGAGUUUUCACGUUUUUAUUAGUUUUAAAGCAUUUUAGGUAAUUUAUACACUGAAGAGUAUUAAAAAAUAAAGCAUUAACAUCAGGCAAGUAUAAUUUAUAACUUCUGGUCAUUGUUUUAUAUGGAAAAACUAAGUAAAAAUUAAAAACCUUAUGUGUAUAGGUUAUGUUAAUGUCGGUUUUUAAAUUUUGUUUUACAGGAUGGCCCAUGUUUUACUGUUAGGAGCUAUUGCUGAGUUCUUUAAGGAAGAGCUUACUCUAUUGAGUAAGGGUGAAAAUUCGGUUAAGUCUAAUCGGAUUAAAAGAUACCAAUUUAAUGCCGAAUUAUUAUGCAUAAACGGUGAAGUCUUUGCCAGCAUGCGAAAACGAUUUUAUACUGUUAAUAUCCAACUGGAUGCUAGUAGGCACAUAGAGAGUGCUACAUGUACAUGCCCGAGGGGGCUGUACUUGUGCCAUCAUAUGGCUGCGCUUUGUGUAUUUGCUCGUGACAAUAUAUCAGUAACAGAUGUAGCAUGCAAGUGGAAUGUGAUGAAGCAAAAAGAAGAAGUGCAUGCAGUUGAUUUUUACUAUCCAGUCCGAGAACACCAGACAACAAAUCGUAAACCGACUGCUGAAGAAACAUCAAAUUUUCGUUCUCAAUUAGAACAAUACGGAGGAGCAGUUGGUUUUAGUUGGCUUUUGAAACCUGAACCUCCAUCAGAACAGAGUUUUUUAUUGGACAUUGAAUCCAUUGUUUUUUCUGAGCAUUAUUUAAAUGCUUUGGAUAAAACUAAUUUUUUAUUAUCACAAUUACUUUUGGAUGAUACAUCCAUUGAAACUAUUGUACGGGCCACAACAGGGCAAUCAACAAAUGCAAGUUGGCUUACGGCAAGGAAAAAUCGCCUAACAGCAAGUAACUUUGGAGCCAUUUUAAAGGCCUAUGCAAGAGGCAGUCGCGGUGGUAAAUUUCCGAUAUCUCUAUUUAGACGCUUAACAGAAUCAUACAAUUUGGAAGGUGUAAAGUCUAUUCAGUGGGGCAAAAAUCACGAAACAAUUGCCAUAAAAGAGUUUUGCGAAGCCUAUGAUCGUAAAGUCACUCCCACAGGGCUUUGGGUUCACUCUUGUGGAUUUUUGGGAGCGAGUCCUGAUGGAUUGGUGGACGAUGAUGCCAUAGUCGAAGUUAAAUGCCCCUAUAAAUUUAGGGAUAAGGAUUUAUUAGAAGAGCUGAAAAAAGACAAAAAGUAUAUUAUAUACUUGACUGACAAUCACGACAUUCUCGUCAAUGUUGACCAUGAUUAUUAUGCCCAAAUUCAAGGGACAUUGGCAUUAACAAAACGCAAUUUAUGCUAUUUAGUUAUAUGGACGCCAAAACAAUUAAUUAUUAAAGAAAUACAUAAAGAAGAAAGUUGGGAAGAAAAUUUUGAAACACUAAAAGAUUUUUAUUUACAGCAUUAUGUAUUAUAUUUAAUAGAAAAUUCAAAAUUUUAAACAUUUAUUUUUACCUUUACUUAUUAUAUAUGUAUAUAUUCAUUGUAUUAUUCCUUCAAUCUAAUAUCUUAUU